AACUGGGGAGUGGAGACCCCAGUGACCAACAGGAGAGCCCCCUCCCAGUACCAUGAGACCUUAGCGCUCAGAGGAGCCCAGUGAGAACACUCCUUCAGGCCGUUUGAAUCUCUCGGGUUUGCAAAGAAAAGGGAUUUGCAUUCAGACCCCUCACAUUAUUCCUAAAUUUAUCCCUCGUUCUUUCCCCUCCCCUGAGAGAGAGCCCUGAAAAUCUUAAGGAACUCAAUAGUCAAGACAAGUCCUUGAGCAGAGAACUGAUGAUCAAGAUUAACAAGCAGAGGGAUCUGUUCUGCCCAUGGGCAGGUGGGGUGCCGUUUGUGGGCGGGAGGCCCUGGUCAUGGGACACAAUGGUGUUGGCUGGGCUGUUCCAGGAGGAGUUGCCGAGCUGGCGCCAUCAACAGGUCUCUGGCUUCCAUGUAUGUCCAUCCUGCUGGAUGUAGCUUCUUCCAGGCUGUUGGGUGGUUGGGGUGGGUUUAGCCCUCAGCCUAAACCUAUCCUCAGGAAGCCAGGACCCUGCUGCUCCUUCUAUCUUCACCACAUCUCCAAGGGGCUGCAUCCUGCCUGCCCCAGUGAUGUGCGUGGCAGAGGAUUCCCAUGGCCCAGGUGGAAAAACAGGCUGCUCAUCCUCAGGAGGGGCCCUCCACGUUUGCUCCCCCAGAGAGCAACCCCCAGAGAGUGCAGGAGAAGCAGCAGCAGCGGCAGGAAUACCGAGUCAUGAGGGAGAUCCUGCUGCUCCAGGAGGCUGCAAAGAAUUACAAGCUAGAGCCCGAGGGAGCGAUUUGGGGCCUCGUUCCAGGACAUGGAGUUGCUCAAUGAGAAUGAGAGCUACACCUUGUCCUGCCAGCCAGAGCGCUAGACCUAGUUGGCCUGCAGAGUACGCAAGGCCAAGAAGAACCGGCCAUCAUCAAGGUCAGGGGGAGACUGAGAUCUCAAAAUUAUCAAGAAGCUGAAGCUCCCCAACUCCCGCUUCCUGGCGCCGAAUCCACCAUUCAUCACAGGGACAGACAAACAGAGGACACCUGCAGCUCCCCUAACUCAGCUAAACGCAGGCUGAUGGGAGGACGCCGAACUGCAAAGCCGCAGCUCCCCUCCCCCACCUAAAACCUUGUAAACUGUAAUCGUUAAUUGGCAGCAGUUGCCGUCCACACCCCAAGGCCAAAUUUCUGGUGAUGAGAGAAGAUUGGUUGAUGGAGCCCUAGAUCUCCCGCUGUAGAUAGAGAUGACAGCCGGCUUGGCGCCAGAAGACUGGGAUCACUCCUCCAACAAAUAAUCAGUCACCAAGGAUAUAUUAUUUCCCACAGACUUUCCUUUAAAAGCCUCAACUCCUAAUGCCUCAGGAGGACUGUGGAUUUUGGGGCAUGUGCCCACUACAGCCUCAUUUUGCUGGCAAAAUUAAACCACUUUUCUUUUCCUCGG